AAGCGCAUCGGAGGGGACGGGGGAACUAGCUACACAGACAGCGCGGUCGGGUUUUGGGGGCAGCUGGAGGAGGGAUUCGGCAACUCCCAGAAGUUGAGGCGCCGCGGAGCGUGGGCGCAGAGAAGAGCGAGUUAAACUUUGCGGGCUGUGCAGGAGGUCGGCGGCCGGACGCCAGCAGGUAAAAGAAUUGGGGCAAAUCACGUGACUUCCUACACUGUGAACCAUGGCACUGCCAUUCCGGAAGGACUUAACUGAGUAUAAGGACCUGGAUGAAGAUGAGCUCCUUAACAAUCUGUCAGAAACAGAGCUGAAACAGCUUGAAACUGUCCUGGAUGAUCUCGACCCCGAGAAUGCUCUUCUGCCUGCAGGGUUUCGGCAGAAGAACCAGACGUCAAAGUCUGCCACGGGACCCUUUGAUAGAGAACAUCUGCUUUCUUAUCUAGAGAAGGAAGCAUUGGAACAUAAAGACCGGGAAGACUAUGUGCCCUUCACUGGAGAGAAAAAAGGGAAAAUUUUUAUCCCCAAACAGAAACCUGUGCAGACUUUUGCAGAAGAAAGCAUAUCCCUUGAUCCAGAAUUAGAAGAAGCUUUGACAAGUGCCUCUGAUACAGAAUUGUGUGAUCUUGCAGCUAUCCUUGGGAUGCACAAUCUGAUUACAGACACACAGUUCUGUGACGUGGUGAGAAGUAGUAAUGGUGUCAACCAAGAACAUUUUUCAAAUGUGGUAAAAGGUGAAACGAUUCUUCCAGUGUUUGAUGAGCCACCAAAUCCAACCAACGUUGAGGAGAGUUUAAAGAGAAUUAAGGAAAAUGAUGCCCGUCUUGUUAUAUAAUCAACAUUAACACAUGAUAAUAUCCCAAUUCCAACUUUAAAAGAGUUUGCCAAGACUCUGGAAACCAACACACAUGUGAGACAUUUCAGUCUUGCAGCCACCAGGAGCAAUGACCCCGUGGCUGUGGCAUUUGCAGAUAUGCUGAAAGUGAACAAGACUUUGAAGAGUUUAAAUAUGGAGUCCAACUUCAUCACAGGCACUGGGGUUUUAGCACUGAUUGAUGCUUUGAGAGACAAUGAGACCCUGACAGAGCUCAAGAUUGACAAUCAGAGGCAGCAGUUGGGCACAGCUGUAGAAUCAGAAAUGGCCAAGAUGCUUGAAGAGAAUACGAAUAUCCUUAAAUUUGGGUAUCGGUUCACGCAGCAGGGACCCCGAACCAGGGCAGCCAAUGCUAUAACGAAAAACAACGACUUAGUGCGCAAGAGGCGAAUUGAAGGAGACCACCAGUAAGAGUGCCAAGGGUAACAUUUGGAAGCCUGCAGAUGACCAGAGGCUCCUGUUGGUGACAACAGAUGUAAAAACUUCCUGGGUAGAAGGGGAAAGACUGGAAAUCCUUUUUUUUGUUAACUAUAUGCAUUAUUUUCCUAGCUUAAGGUAUUAUGUUUGAUUUGUAAAAUCAGUAAUGGGUAGUAUUUUAUAUUUUUAGCCUUUCUACUGAAAUCAUUUUAAUUUAGCUUAAUUGAAUGGUUUGUAUUUUUUAGAUAAAAAUGCAGUUGUAGGAAAAGUUUCAGAAGUCAUGUAUGUAAGAAUAAUUUGAACACCUUGAGGACCAAUCUUUUUAAAGCAAAAAGGGAUAUUGCUCACUUGAUAUUAAUGUUGCUCCUUAUAGAUAAAGGAUACAGCACAUGGCUGUUUCCUUUAAAAAAAAAAAAAAAAAAACUCGGCGGUGGUAGUGCACAUCUUUAAUCCUAGUACUCGGGAGGCAGAGGCAGGUGAGUUCAAGACCAGCCUGGUCUACAAGAGCUAGUUCCAGGACAGCCUCCAAAACCACAGAGAAACCCUGCCUCAAAAAAAAACCCCAAAGAAAACUAUGAAUUUGGCAAGAGUUUGCUUUUUCCUUAUUAGGGAAAUAAAAUUUCAGAAUUUUAAAAGAUGGCUCAGGAUCUGAUAUAUCUACAUAAGCCAAAACAGGUCUCCAGAAGAUGGAUCAGUCCUCCUCUGGGAGACCGAACAGUCCUCUUCAUUGAAGGUUUCUGUACUCAUCCAGUGGGCCUCAGCUACACUGGGUUUUUUGUUUGUUUGUUUGUUUGUUUGUUUUGGUUUUUUUGCUAAUAGUCCUUAAUUCUACCCCACUGCCUACCUUAUUUAAAAGUAUAGUUAUAUCUAAGGUUACUACAGUAUUUCAUCUUGCUGUGGACAUUACAUUUUUGUAAAAGCUAGUGGUUAAAAAGCAUCAAAGUAGAGAGGUUAUUUUCUUCCCCAUAAAAAUUCUCUUGGUCAAUACUCAGUUACUUAGAGUAAAAGAAAAAGAGAAAGGUGCUGUUAGAUAUAGGAGGUAGUUCAAACCCAAGAAACUCGAAAAAUGGCCAUUAAACUGAUGAGUACUUGUCAGUUAGAAACUAAAACAUGAGCUAGCUAUGAUGGUCGCUCCUAUAAACCCAGCACUUGGGAAGCUGAGAAAGGACUAUUUCCAGAUGUUUGUAGCCAUCCUGAACUAAAAAGGAAAUUCCAAGUUAGCCUGGGCUAUAAAUGUGAGACUCAUUGUCAAGAAAACAAAAACCUGUACCACAUGGUAAGAUAUUCCAUAUAUGAUUCCACAGGUGCAAUACAGCAUUGUAGUUAAUCCCACUCCACAGUAUUCUAGCCAAUCACAAAACCUGCUAUUCUUCAGAAGUCCAACUUUAGUAGAUGGCUUCCUUUCAUUUUACACUUUUAAAAAUCCACAUGGGAAAAAAAAAAAAUUUCUAUAGCAUAAUAGGUCAUCGUUAUCACCCAGGUGUUAGAGUGAGGAUUUGAGCAGUGUACUGAAGAGUGGGGUUGGGCAAGGCUGCACACCGAUGCCCUACUUGAGGAUUUGGGUUUGUAUCUUUGUCCUGUCCCAGGGCAGCUCCUGCAGAAGGAGUAGGAGAGGCAUUCACAGCCACAGACAACAGAGAGGAAAAGGUCCAGUGAGGCAUAACAAGUUGAGUUUUGCUUAUACCAUUCCAGCUCUGUAAUACAUUAUAUAACUGAACAAAAUACUUCUUUAUAAGUAACUUAAAUAUGAACUUAUCCAAUUAAAUAGAUACAUUUUAAGAAUUAUUAUGGAGGUCAGGAAUGGUGGCACACACCCUUAAUCCCAGCAGUAGGGAGGCAGAAGCAGGCAGAUCUCUGUGAGUUACAGGACAGCCAGAGCUGUUACACAGAGAAACCCUGUCUUGAAAAAAAAAAUUAUAAUGGAAAACAGUGUUUACCUUGAUCUUUAAAAGUCUGGCACCUCCUGACUUUUUAUUAACUCAGUAUUUUCAAAUUCCUCUGAGAUUUUUAUGACAUAGUAAUAAAUUAGGACUUUGCAACUGUUUUAAUUACAAGUCAGCAAUUUUCUAAACCCUCAAGUUUAAUGUCAAGUUAAAUGGUUAUCUAAGAAUAACAUUCAAAUUUUGAAAAGCUCUUUUAAAAAUUGCUCUUUUAAAAAGUUUUAAAUGGCCCAUUUUAUAAAACUGUGCAUUUGUAUUUGUCUUGUUAUAAUUUUCAGUAUGCCUACAUGAAAUUGUAUACAUUAAAUUCAAUGCUAGUCUCUAAUAUUAAUACUUUGAAAGUAGAUUUUGGUGCUAUACACUUACUAUAGCUAAAAUCUACUGGAGUUUAAAGAAUAAAUGAAAUACAUUUUUCUAAAGGUGCCUGUCAUUCCAAAGACCAAAUAAACAUUUUGUGUUAACCAUA